CGACGACGGCAAGCUUUCCCAAACAAAAUCUCCAAAUUCCGAAAAUAAUGCGCUCGAACAUCUCAAUAAGACAGGCUGCUAUGUCAGGAGUGUAGAGGGAAAAGGGAGAGGUGUUUUUGGUGUGCUUUUCCUACAUUUAUUCCCCCAUGAUGGCAUACUCAAGCAGUUGAUUUUUUUUGAUAUUUUGGGCAGCGUCGGAUGUCAUACCAGCAUGGACGGUUAUUGAAAUAAGCCCGGUCCUUUUUUUCUCGCCAGAAGAGUAUGACUUGCACGGAAGGCAUACCAUAUUAGACCACUAUACAUUUAAGUGGCGAGAUGGUCGGAUGGCCUUAGCUCUUGGUCUCGGAUCCUUGUUUAAUCAUUCGCAGUCACCCAACGUCUCCUUCACCCUCGAUCCGACGACGGAUUCCAUUAAGUACACCACCAGUCGUCAAGUUGAGCCUGACGAAGAACUCUGCAUCUUUUACGGCCACAAACUAUGGUUCGAUGCGAUCGAUGCCGGUCCCAGCUCCACUGCAGUUUUAUUUCAAGAACCAGAUGACGGUUGGGGAGGUCUCGGUCCUUUGAGCGAUGCCGUUGAAGGUUCAGAUCUCGACGAAGACGAAUCGAUGCUGGACGGCAAUCCUGACGAAAUCAUCCUCGAGGAAGACCUUCCGUUCUCUAGAGUCAGGAUCACACCAGAUGAGGAUGAAGAAGAAACUCCUGAAUCCAUACGCACAAUGCAGGUAUGGGUAGUAGACAUACCUGACCCUCGGCAUCUAGCUGUCAUGUUAAGAUGGCUUAAAGAAGCGAAACUCGACGCGCCCGAGCUCUCGCAUCUCAAACGCAUCCGCAAAGACCUUCAGAAGGGAACAUCCACUCUCCUCAUCAGCACCUCCCCUGAUUCUCCAAUGCUUCCAUCCGACGCUGGCUUCACUCUCCCUCCCCCUUACCAAAUAACGGUUCCGCGUACCCCCGCCCUGACACCCAAUUCCUUGAAGCUGAAAACUGCACUGUGGCCCACCAUCUUCACUCCUCGGCGUAAAGGCGAACCGGAGAACUGGCCGCGCGCAAAGUUGCGCUGGGCUCGGCGGGCCAUGCGAGUCGUCGUCUCUGAAGCUCUGAAAGCUAAGGUCAAAGGAGAGUUGCCGAUUGUGGCCCAUGUGCCUACACCUUAUGAGGACUCCAGCGAAGAACCGUUACCGUCGUUCACUGCACAUGACACACGUAAUUCAGCGCAACAUCCUCUGCGGCACUCUGUACUCAACGUCGUCCGUCAAGUCGCUGACUUCCGUACGGAAUCAAAAGCCACCCCACUCCUACACUCGUCACCUCCCCCCUCGC